AUGGGAAUCUUCUCUAGCAAGAGUAAGAAGCCUGUUUCCCGAGUGACUGAGCAAGAUAUCGCAGUAUUACAGUUGAAGCAGCAACGCGAUGAAUUGCGCAAAUACCAGAAACGAAUUGAGGCAGUCAUGGAGAAGGACCGAAUGUUGGCAAGGAAGUUGUUAUCAGAGAACCAGAGAGAAAGAGCUAAGCUGCUUUUGCGAAAGAAGCGUUUCCAGGAAGAUUUAUUGGAAAAAACCAGCAAUCAAAUGGAUAACCUGGAAAGACUGGUAUCGGAUAUAGAAUUCAAGCAGGUAGAGAUGAACGUGGUAGAAGGUCUCAGAGUCGGGAACGAGUCGCUGAAGAGAAUGAACGCCAUGAUGGACAUAGCUGAAAUAGAGAAAAUCUUGGAUGAAACUCAAGAAGGCGCCGAGAAGCAAGAAGAAAUCAAUGCUAUGUUACGCGACUUCUCAGCUUCUGUGGAGGGGAUGUCAGAUGAAGACCUGGACAAUGAAUUGAAGGACUUGUUACACGAAGAUGAGUUAUCCUUACCAGAACCCCCGAGAGCUUCACCAGAGAGCAUAGUUGUUCCUGCAGAUACACAAGUACGCGUGAAAGUGAAGAAGCAAAAAAUGAUGGAACCACAGCUUGCAUCGUAG